AUGGCUGCCGAUAUCUACCAAGCCCUCGAUAGCUCCAAUGGCGAGAUACGAUUGCUGCACCUCUGCUCUUCCAGCGGCGCCGCUCAGCGGUGGGAGCUAGUAACAAGCACUCUCCAGAGCUGCCCGCCUUUUACGGCCCUGUCCUAUCUUUGGGGCGACGACGUAAAAAACGAAUUCGUCACCGUCAAUGACCAGCACAUACCCAUCACGUCCAAUUUGGCCUGUGCUCUUCAUCAUGCCGCGCAGCAUUGGGGUGGCGAGUUCCCGGCGCGGAUGGAUGCGGACUUUUACUUUUGGACAGACGCCGUAUGCAUCAACCAGGGCGACACCCGGGAGCGAGAGCAACAGGUGAAGCUCAUGGGCCAGCUCUACGCAACGGCAGAGCUUGUUAUUGCGUCCCUCGGUCCUCUCAACGAGGCGAUAGAGCUCAGCAUCGACACGCUUCAUCGCGUACGCGACGAAAUCAAGGACAUUCCCGCAAAUGCGUCGAUGGACGAGAAUAUCAGCUGGCUGCAAAAACACCCAGAUCUUAUUGACGCCGACGUCGGGCUAUUGGAGGACCAAUUCGACGCAAGCAAACGCUGGAAGCUUUUGCGGCAAUUUCUUUAUCUGGAGUACUGGCAUCGCGCGUGGGUCUUACAAGAGCUGGUUCUGGCACAACGCUUGCUCAUCAUCUCGGAGAGCAAGUCUCUGGACCCCGAUGCUCUCUUUGCCGUGCUGAAAUGGGUCCAAUCCACGAAGGACAUUGCACGGAACCGAGUACUUGUCCGUCCCGACUGGCUCAUCACAUCCGUGUGGAACUUUCUGACCUAUGACAACCUGCUCGGAUGGAAGUCUGUCCUGCGGAUCAGCGAUGCGCGGGAGAGCGACAAGAAUGAUCGUCUGCUGAGGGUCAAUCUGGCAUGGGCCGGAAACGACCUCCGAGCGACGGACCCCAGGGAUCUCAUCUACGGCACCAUGGCGCUUACGAAAAUGGGCUUUGACCCCGAUUACUCCCCCACGUCGCAGCUCAGCACGCUGUAUGCCCGGUUCAUGCAGUGGUGGCUGGAAGAGGUCACGCUGUUGCAGACCAAAGAUGACAAUUGGGCGUAUAACCAUCUUGAUCUUCUCGGAGAAGCUGGCAUCGGCCAAGUGGCAGACGGCGAUGACGAGAACAAGGACCUCGCGCGCAUCGUCCCGUCGUGGGUGCCCAAUUUCUCUCUCGGCACAAAGGUCUAUACACCGCACCUCCUGCUGUCACCGCGAACCGCUGACAGUAAAGUCUUCCCAAGCGAUGCGCCGCUACCUCGAGCAGACGGUCUUAGUCUCUUCGUUCCCGCCAUCUCGCUUGACACAAUUGUCAAGAUUGACAAACUCAACGACAUCAAGAACGGCCGAGGGCUUUUUGACUUUGUUGCCGCGUACUGCAGCCGACAUGCACAGUAUCCGACAGGAUGCGCGUCGUUGCAGGGCCUAUUUCGCACACUCAUGAAGGACGUUCUGGAGACAUCGGAUCCUGAUGAUGACGAUGUCAUGAUACGCUUCUUUGGGUUUGUGCGGGCUCUGAUUCACGGUCCAGAAACGGGCACGCUGCCAGUGCAACCCGAAAUUGCGUUGGAGAAGCUUGGAUUAUCUACCGAAUCCGAAAGUCACUUCACCAAAUCACUCUGCGCAGUCUAUGGCUGCGACUUUGUUCCAGAAGAGCUGGAGGCGAUGAAGAAAUGGCUUCCGCUGCUGCUGCAACCGGCUUGGCACGGCCACUGGUCCGAUCCCGAAGUGCUUGACCUAUGUCUGCGGACUGUCCUGGAAAUUAGGGAGCUUGAUUAUACAUGCGUUGCCGAAACGUCGCUUGGCUAUCUUGUCGUGGCGCCCGUGGGAGCAAAGUGCGGCGACCAGCUUUGCCUGCUCAACCGCAGCGACAGCGCCUCUAUCCUCCGUGAUGGAGGCGAAUACUGGGAGCACGUUGGCCGAUGCUAUAGUUUUGGGCUCUCCGAGUACAGAACAGAGGUAUUUGAGAAGACUAUGAGCGAGUUUAGGAUUUUAGAGCUACGUUGA